AUGCCGAUUGCACCUAUAAUCACAUUCAAGGCCGGCCAGUGUGACGUCGACACAUCGUCGAAGCCAUACAAGGUCACGCCACAGCCUGAGCCUGGCUACAUCUAUCUAUAUUCCGAAGAUGAUCUGGUGCAUUUCUGCUGGCGACGACGGGACCAGCCUUUGGAUGACCCCGAACUCGACCUCGUCAUGGUUCCCACAGACGGUAGCUUUCUCCCAUACGAAUACAAGACCACCCCUCAGCCCACAGCAAAGACCAACGGCCGCAUAUUUGCCCUGAAAUUUGCCUCUUCCUCCCAGCGCCAUCUUUUCUGGAUGCAGUCUAAGCCCCAGGGACGAAGUGGCGAGGCGAGCUACUUCAGCCCCCGGGAUCGCAAGAUCGGCGACAUUGUUCACAGACUCUUGCAAGGCGAAGAGGUUAACGUGACGCGGGAGCUGGCCGCUGUUCGAAACAAUAACGAUCACCAAGACGACGAAGAUGAAGCGAUGGAGGACAUCGAGGGCCACGGCCACCAGGAUCACCACGCGGGAGGCAGCGGCGGUGCUGGCCCCGAUGCGACGGGAGGCGAUAUAAGAGAGGAGGGCGAGGGCUCGAGAGAAGGCGGAGCUGAUGGAGCAAGAGCAGCUUCGUCUUCAACCCCUGAUGCGGCGGCUGCAGUAAGAAACUUUCUCGAUUCCCUGAGAGGCCAAUCCGGUCUUUCUGGAGGACAGCAACAGCAACAGCAAGCAGAUAUUGCUUAUCCUUACCUGAGCCACCUUCUACCAACAUCCAUCACAGUCCCCAUCGUCGAUACCCUCUCAGCUGAGCAAGUAGACUCACUUCUCAGCUUCCUACCACCAGCUGUCAUUGUGCUCGCCAGUGGCACAGUCGAGCUCGACGGUAGAUCAGAUCCAACGGCUGAUCAGAUCAAGGCUGCCAACGAAUCAUUGUCAUUGGUGCAAAAGCAGGCCUUGUUGAAGAAGGUCCUUCGAAGCCCCCAAUUCCACCAGGCCUUGGGGACGUUGACAAUGGCUCUUCGAGAUGGAGGUUUGCCCAGCGUUGCCGACGCACUCAACGUAAAGGUUGAGAAUGACGGAUAUUUGCAACCUGGAAUUCCCAUGGGUGGUGGCUAUGCGGUCAAGGCAUUCAUUGAUGGCCUCAAAAAGACUGUCAAGGACAGUAGACAGUAA